AUGUCCUUGUAUCCAGUGUUUGAGAACAAGGACAAGAUAGUGAUCGUGAUGGAAUACGCCAGUAAGGGCGAGCUGUAUGAUUACAUCAGCGAGCGACGGCGGCUGAGCGAGAGAGAGACACGACACUUCUUCAGGCAGAUCGUUUCCGCCGUGCACCAUUGUCACAAGAACGGAGUCGUGCACAGGGAUUUAAAACUGGAAAACGUGCUACUGGAUGAAAACUGUAAUAUCAAGAUUGCUGACUUUGGUCUGUCCAACCUUUACCACAAAGACAAGCUCCUUCAGACGUUCUGUGGCAGCCCUCUGUACGCCUCACCAGAGAUCGUCAACGGCAGGCCCUACCACGGUCCAGAGGUAGACAGUUGGGCCCUGGGAGUGCUUCUCUACACCCUGGUCUAUGGGACCAUGCCCUUCGAUGGGGAAGACCACAAUAAACUCAUCCGCCAGAUCACCAACGGAGAGUACAGGGAACCUACACAGUCCUCAGAUGCUCGUGGUCUGAUCCGCUGGAUGUUGAUGGUUAACCCGGAGCGUCGAGCCACGGUGGAAGACAUCGCCAACCACUGGUGGGUCAACUGGGGCUGGAAAACCACUGUGUGUGACUGUGACGUCCAGACGGACAACAGUGGCUCCGCCUCUUCUCCAACGCUAGCACGCUUUAUCGACUGGCAGAACCGCACCACAGAGUCGCCCAGGGUGGCGCCGGUCAAGCCUCCCCGCUCGGAACCCCCCGCCGUAAACCCCCAUGCUGGCCGCCAGCGCCUGAGGAAGUCCAUGAAGGAGAAUGACAGCGGAGCGCUCCACCAUCGCACCACGGGGGAAGACAAAGACAAAGACAAACCAGGGCUGAAGAGGCCCAAGGGGAUCCUCAAGAUGCGUGUGUCCGAGCAGAGGUCCCACAGCCUGGGGGAGAUCGAGCUGAGUCGCUCCCUGCACUUCCACGAGGGAGGGGAGCUGCCCUCCAGCCCCGAGAGGGAUGAGGAGGAGGACGAUGAUCAGGAUCGCCUGGGGGUCUCGCCGGCCAAGAUGCUGCCCACCCUCCCCAAGAAGGGCAUCCUGAAGAACAACCAGCAGCGGGAGUCUGGCUACUACUCCUCCCCGGAGCACAGUGAGUCCUCUGAACUGCUAGGGGGCAGCACCUCCAUGGCCCCACCCGCUAGCUCACCAACAAAGAGGUCCAUGGGGAGAAAGGGCAUAUUGAAGCGCAACGGGAAGUACGGCAACUCCACUUCCUUCCACAGUGGCUUGUCCAAUAUGGGCUACCACGGGGAAACUCAGGGGGACUCAGGCCUCUCUCGCAGCCAGAGCAGACCCUCCAGUAUUGUCUGUGAGGAGAUGGGUCUCUCCAAUAUUCCUCCCUUCAUGGGGAUGGACUGGCCUUCCUCGUCCCCGCAGCCCAACGUCAGGGCCUGUAUGUCGGCUGAGGAUCUACUCCAGCUGGCAGGCUUCAGACGGGGCCUCCAGACGGCUGCAGGGGGGCUCCAUGGGGGGAAGGUGGGGACCCGAGGGACACCAGGGUCUCCUGGGGACGACGGCAGCUUCUCUCUGCUUGGGGACAUGGAUGAUAUGACCCAGGUCUACCAACACGCCCUGGACAUCAGCAGCAAACUGACCUAGGGGAGGUGGAGUUAGGAGGAUAGGAAGGGAAGGGACAUGGGAAGGCACACACACACACACACACACACACACACACACACUUGAACCCUCAUUUCUGGGUUAGGACUGGCCAAGUAUGUUGUGAACUGGGCGUCCCAGCCACCUUAAUGUACUGAAUCUACCAUCUCAGAGACAGUGCUGCUGUAAAUGUUUACAUGUUUAAUAGAGCGAAAUAAGUAUUGUAUUAUAUGUCUCUCAGAGACACAAACCAUGCUGGGGUGAAGCUCAUGGAAAAUCUCCAUUAGGUUUCCUUAAGCACCUUUAGAAGAAGGACUGUUGUUUUUGAAUCCAUGUACUUAUCUCAACGUAAUGGACAGUUAGGCCUAAUGUUCAUGUUAUCUCAACGUAAUGGACAGUUAGGCCCAUGUGUUAUCCAUUGAGUUAUUAUAUUGUUGAAACAGACAAAUAUUGCCAGUGUGUUUUGGUCAUUUCAAGACGUAUCUACUGUAUGUACCCUUCAAGAAAUGAUACUGAAUAAUAGUAUUACUUGAUUGAAUUGACAUGAAUGCCAUACGUGAUAUUCCUCAUAAUCCAUCAGGACACCUAUCACAGUGGGAAAGUUAAAGAGCAAACAAUGUGUAUUGGGAUAACUCUACUGUAUGGGCCGUCCAAAGGAAGUGCCUUUAUUAGUGCUAUGUUAUCAAGUACUGUAUUUCCUGGUUAAUGGAGGAACAGUUCGAUAACCAACAAUAACCAACAAAACUCCCCACAUUAGACAAAACUAUAGGGAGACGAUUCACGGAGCUGUGACCACGCACUCUCCUGAGUCUAAACGACUUGGACUUGUUCAUGUACGUAACCAUUUGGUUUCACAGUAGAGCUGUAGUUGUUUUGGAAAUGGGACUGAAAGACAGAACGGCUGGAGGGUGGAUAGACGUGUAGUCAAAACUGAAGGAGAUUCACAGAGUUGUGGCUACAAGCCCUCAAGUCUACAUGACUAGGUCAUGUGUAGGCCAUAUGUAAUGGAACUGUAGUCGUUUUGGAAAGGGAAAUACUGAAAAAAAGAAGGGGGUAGAUAGACGUGUAGUUCUAACAGAGUGAGUUAGUGGUAAGGGUUAAUGGGUUGGUUGUAGAGGUCUUGUUUGUGGAUGGAAGUUGGGUGCUGGACCAGGCUGUUACACCCCUUCCUCCCCAGACUGAAGACUCAGAGUGGAGAGAAAAAAUAGGGGGCAGAGAGAGAGAGAGAGAAAGAGAGAGGGAGAAAGAGAGAAAGAUAAAGAAAGAGAGAGAAAGAUAGAA